GCGAGGAUGAAAUCCAACUGUGUGAAAGAUGUGGAGAAAGUACAGGAGAAAAGAGAGAGGCAGCGACUGCAGCAGCAAGAGCUAAAGGAAAAGAGAGCGCAGGAAGUGGACACAACAAACCCCAACUAUGAAAUAAUGCAGAUGAUCAGUGACUUUAGGGAAAGCCUAAAUUGCAACCAACUAAACACAGCUGAUUUGAUCGAAGAGCACCAAAUAUGUGUUUGCGUGAGGAAGCGCCCUCUUAACGAAAAAGAACUCAGUGGAAAAGAGCUUGAUGUGAUCACCAUCCUUAGUAAUGGUGUCGUUAUGGUCCAUGAGCUUAAGCAGAAAGUGGACCUCACCCGUUACCUGGAGAAUCAAAACUUUCGCUUUGAUUACGCUUUUGAUGACCUUGCAACAAAUGAAAUGGUUUACAGGUUUACAGCAAGACCUUUGGUGGAAGCCAUCUUUGAGAGAGGAAUGGCUACAUGCUUUGCAUAUGGCCAAACUGGAAGUGGAAAAACGCAUACCAUGAGUGGAGACUUUUCAAAAAAGGACCAGGAUUGUUCUAAAGGAAUCUCUGCCUUAGCUGCUUGUGAUGUUUUUCUUAUGCUGAAGAAACCCAAAUACAAGAAGCUGGAUCUUCAAGUCUACACAACCUAUUUUGAAAUUUACAAUGGAAAGGUGUUUGACCUGCUAAACCGUAAAGCAAAGCUGCGUGUACUGGAGGACGGGAAACAGCAAGUGCAGGUGGUUGGGCUGCAGGAGAGAGAGGUCAAAUGCACUGAAGAUGUCCUCAAGCUCAUUGAGAUUGGAAACAACUGCAGAAUGUCAGGACAGACUUCUGCCAACGCUCACUCGUCUCGUAGCCAUGCUGUCUUCCAGAUUAUUCUGCGCAGGAAGGGGAGGCUGCAUGGCAAGUUUUUAUUGAUUGACCUGGCCGGGAAUGAGCGUGCUGCUGAUACAUCCACUGCAAACCGGCAGACACGGCUGGAGGGAGCAGAGAUCAACAAGAGCCUACUUGCACUGAAGGAGUGUAUUAGAGCUCUGGGUCUGAACAAACCGCACAAACCAUUCAGAGCCAGCAAACUUACACAAGUACUCAAAGACUCAUUCAUUGGGGAGAACUCAAGGAUGUGCAUGAUUGCCACCAUCUCUCCUGGAAUGGCUUCCUCUGAAAACACUCUGAACACACUACGAUAUGCCAAUAGAGUGAAGGAGCUGACCGUGGACCUGAACAGCAUAACCGAAGGAGUCCGACCCAACAUCAACGCCAUCAACCAGUUGGGUAUCAUGGAGGGGGAGCUAAGCAGCUCACCUCAGAGAGAUAACCUCAAGCUGCUCUGUGAACAGAAUGAAGAGGACGUGUCUCCUCAGGUCUCCACCUUCCAUGAUGUGGUUUCCCUUCUGUUGGAGGUGGAAAAGCAGGUACUAGAUUCCUACUCCCAGUUCAAGCAGUUACUCAACCAGAAGAUUGAUGUCCUGAUUGAGCUUGGAGAUAAAGUGAGUUCGUUCCGCUCAGCCCUGCAAGAGGAGGAACAAGCCAGUAAGCAGAUCAAUCCCAAGACGCCUCACUGGGACUAAGGUCACAGACACAAGCAUGACGGCUAGACACUAAAUUACAGCAGUUUCAGCAAAUACCAAAUAACUGUAA